AUGUUUAAAUUAUUCAAACAGAUACGAUGUGGAGUUGAAGAUAUCGUUUCUGGCGGUCGUACAAAAAGAUACGUCACCACUAAAGGAUGGAACAAAAGAAAUUUAACUUAUUACAUAUCAAAUUGGUCAUCAAAACUAAAUGAAGACACUGUAGCAAGCAAUAUACAAAAAGCCUUAGAUAUUUGGGGAUCGUAUGGCAGAUUAACUUUCACGAGAAGUAAUAGUCAGUAUGCAGACAUUAUAGUAUCGUUUGCAUCUGGUUAUCACGGAGACAGCUACCCAUUUGAUGGUCCUGGUUUAGUAUUGGCACAUGCCUUCUUUCCAUACAGAUACGAAGAAGUCGGCAUUGAUGGAGAUAUACAUUUUGACAACGAUGAAGACUGGGCUGACAGGGCCAACAACGUAGGCAACCCGGAAGGUACUGAUUUUUUCACAGUAGCAUUACACGAACUAGGCCAUUCGUUAGGACUGGCCCAUUCUACAGUACCUACUUCUGUAAUGUUUCCGUACUAUAAAGGCUACGAACCUGGAGCACAGACGUAUUUAGACUACGAUGACAUAAUAGGAAUGUACCAAUUAUACAUCGCUCGAAGUAUACCUGAUAGCGGUAUUCCCAGCAAUGACAUACCUGAUCGUGAACCAGUAACAGAAAGAACCACCACAAGACGUUACCCAUACCAAACUACAACUCAAACUCCAUGGUGGAUAACGGGUACAACUCGAAGACACGAUUGGCAUCAUCCAAGACAUCCAACCACCACCGAAUCGCCUUAUUGGACGACAGAAACAUCAAAAGAAGUGACAGUUUCGUAUCAUGGAGACUCAGAAUCGGUGGAUGAGCAUAAGGAACACGAUCCAACCCAUCAUAUACCCAAGGAUAACUCACCAAGCCUUCCGUAUAUUUGUAACGGAUACCUGGAUGCUGUGGCGACCUUAAGAGGAGAGCUGUUUGUAUUUAAAGACGAGUAUUUGUGGCGAUUCAGAGAUAUGAGACGUCUCGAGCCAGGGUACCCCACAAAAACCCGAGAAAUGUUUCCAGAGUUACCAGAAGAUAUAAAGAAAAUCGAUGCAGCAUAUCAAAGAACCGAUGGCAGUAUAGUGCUGUUUACUGGAAACCAGUACUGGGUAUCUGACGGUUCCAGAUUUAUUGAAAACAGUCCUUUACCAUUAUCAAAUUACGGUCUUCCUGAUUACCUCGACAGUAUCGAUGCUGUUCAGUUAUGGGCCAAAAAUGGCAAAACAUAUUUUUACAAAAACGAUCGAUUCUGGAGAUACAACGAAUUAACCAAAACAAUGGAUGAAGGUUAUCCGAUGCACAUGGAGAGAUGGCGUGGUGUUCCGCAAAAUUUAGAUGCAGCAACAACAUGGAAAGACGGAAACACGUAUUUUUUCAAAAACGAACUCUUCUGGAAGUUUGACAACGACUGGAUUAUCGCUACUGAAACAUCUCCCUUCCCUAUUGGUCCUAUUUGGUUCGGAUGUGAAGAAGAAAAUAAUAUGAUGCGAUUAUUUGGAAACAAUUGAUUGUUUUUUAUAUUUUUUAUAAAUUGGAGAAUGUGAUUUUGUAAAUUCAUUUUCUGUGAAAUUAUAGAAAAACAUUUGUUAUUCACAUGUUGGUUAAAUACUCGUGGGUGUUCAAUAUAUGGCGGUGAUCAUAUACAGGGUCCGGCAAUAGUGCGUCAAGCACCUGUAGCUCUUAGAAUAAAAA